GUUAGCGAUCGUAGUUUUGCCGAGCCGUGCGCGCCGUCCGUUCAGUUGUGUUUAAGCGUUAUCCUCGCGACGCAUCUCUUAUCACCGCUCCGCGAUCAUGGCUACGCGUGCGUGCAUGCCUGCGUGCAAACGUGCGUGAGUGGAUGCCUGCACGCGUACUUGCGAUAUCUACGCGUCAAGUGGAUCAUCGUGAUCGCCAGUCGAAUCACGAGUAUCACGGACACGCGCGACAUUCUUGUCGCUCAGUCGUUGUUCGAGACGUUACAUAGCAUGGAAAAAUGUCGAGAAACGCUGGAAAAGAUUUCUCGGCAAGCCCGGAGAUCGAGCAGCUGUUACCUGCUGACAUACACCAUGACAUGCCAAACACAUGUGUGAGAUUACAAUCAAAUGGACUAUUGUCCGUGAACGAGUCGCACCUUCAAAGUAGCGUUUCAUCAUUAAGACAAUCGCCUCAGGACAAAUCCGUGGAAUUAAAUAGUAACGCACAUAUCGACGAGACCUCAAGCGGUCCGACGUCUGUGAUAAUCUCCUCUUCAAUUAUUGCAAACGGCAAUGAGACUAAUGACGAUCCACCACCUUACACCGUAAUUCCGCCACCUUACAGCACAUUUGCGUCACCAGAUCACGGUUGGCCGUACGGACUUUUUUCAUUCGGCAAUCCGUAUUCCACCGACGAUACGACUUGUAGGAUGGAAAUACCGUUGACACCUUUCCAAGCCUACUUAACACCGGCCACGGGUUUUCAUCCCGAAGGGAUUAACAGUCAAUACUUGUCGUAUCAGAUGCCUUUAAUGCCUCACCGAUUCUUCAAGUUUGGUAGUCAUAUGAAUUCUUUGACAAGAGAAACGGUGGACAAUGAAAUCGCGGAGAAAGUUGACGAUAGAAAAUCACGAACUAACGAGGAAACAUCGAUUGACUUGGAUACGGCGCUAUCCUUGUGGCAGCGGCGGUCAUCAUCUUUCUCAUGGCUUUGUCCUUAAUGGUUCGUUUCGUCAUGGAGAGGAGUUGGUGGCGAAGAUAAUUCAUUAGUGGAAAUAACAGUUAUUUCAAAAAUGUUCACUGAUAAAUUUGUAUUUAUGAGAGAUUAUUAAUUAACGAAAUGGUUAAACUGUAUUAACAUGACAUAGUGACAUGACAUAUACGGGAUAGAUAUCGUAUUAGUCAUCUCGAAGAAAUUUUUUGUCUCUUUUUUUUAUUUUUUAUUAAUCUUAAAUUCAUCAUGAAAUUAAGCAAAAAGAUAUAUUUAUUAUGUCAUUGAUUAAUAGUUUCUAUGUUUCUAUGUUAGUAGAUAUAUGUUUAUAGAGAUAUUUAAAAUUCUUUCUUUUUAAGAUAAUUUAAUGACUGAAGUUCAAUUACAUGUAGAUGAUUUCAUUAAUUUAUGUAACAACCUUUCUUGUCUACAUAUCGAGAAAAUAUGACAGUGUGUGUUUUUGUAAAUAUUUAUGCAUCGCAUAAUUGGUUACAAAUAUCUCUAUAUUAGUAUUAGAGGAAGCACGUAGUAAAAGUCAUCAUAAAUGUUACAUUAGAAUACAAAAUAAUGUAAAAAUA